AUGCAAUUGAGAUUCUGGAUAGUUGCUGUGACCACCGCUAAUGCCCUUGUGAUUGAAAUCGAUAGCAGAUAUGCUACUUUGGAUGGGAACCGAAUCGUUGAUCCUCGGCCUCGCAUUGUAAAAGUACAUGACGACGACACAUCUAUAAACUCACCUUCUUCUUCUUCUUCUUCGCCUCCCAAUGCUCAUAUUCUUGAACGCCGUGCGUCCCAAGAACUCUACACGGUAACUCUAAGUUCAGUUAAUGGGAAAAGUAACGUCUAUGCUGGGACUUUUAUGACAACAACAACAACAGAACCUUCAAGUAGCAGCAGCAACUCAGCAACGCUACAAACUGAAACAUCUACGGUAUCUUCAAUUGACACUUCCCAAAAGGAGCUGGAUGUUGCAAUGGCUCUUGGUGCUAUAAUUGUAGUCAAAGCCGGACUUGAUCAAGUACUUGAUGGGGGUUUCAAGCUCUCUCCAUACUUAUCAAUAGAAUCCACCACAAGUCCAUUUUCAACAGAACCUACAGUUGCCACCAUUACUACUUCAUCAUCACAACGGAGUACCAUCACACGUACUCUCACAUCCACCAUUCUUAAAACAAUUAGCACAAGUGGGGACAUUGUCUCCUCACAAGAUACCUUGACAAGCUAUGCAAAUCCUGUAAGCCAUGCAAGCGGAGUGGUCAAGCUUGCAAUAAUGGCAGAAGUUUCAUCAAUGACAUCAACAUUGAUGCAAUCUGAAACAUUAGCGACAUUAGAAUCGAGUGGUGGAACUGUGAAAGUGCAAGGUUCAGUUAUGUUUGCUUUGAUUACGACAAUCACUGUAAUUUUUGUUGUACUAUUGAGCGGCUAG